AUGGCCAAAGUGGUGAGUCAGAACCUGGUGACGGACAACGUGUCAGUGGUGGAGGGCGAGAUGGCUAUCAUCAGUUGUCGGGUGAAGGACAACGACGACUCAGUCAUCCAGCUGCUCAACCCCAACAGACAGACCAUUUACUUCCGAGACAUGAGACCGCUAAAAGACGCUCGCUUCCAGCUGGUCAACUUCUCCGACAAUGAGCUGCGUGUGUCGCUUUCCAACGUGUCUCUGUCAGACGAGGGCCGUUACGUUUGCCAGCUGUACACCGACCCGCCACAGGAGGCCUACGCCGACAUCACCGUGCUGGUACCUCCAGGUAACCCCAUCAUCGAUGCCCGCGACGAGGUGCUGAGUGAGGGCAACGAAACAGAGAUGACUUGCACCGCCAUGAGCAGUAAACCCGCCGCCGCCAUCAGAUGGCUGAAGGGUGAUAAGGAGCUCCCAGGAAAGCCCAAAGUAGAACUGACUUACGAUAGGAUGUACACGGUAACCAGUCGCCUCACGUUCACCGUCAACAAGGAGGAUGACGGUGUGCCCGUGGUUUGCAUCGUGGACCACCCAGCGGUCAAAGACUUUCAAGCGCAAAAAUACCUGGAAGUCCAGUACAAGCCCGAGGUUAAGAUCAUGGUCGAGUUUCCUCAGGGUCUAACGAGAGAAGGAGAGAACCUGGAACUGACGUGUCAGGCCAAAGGCAAACCUCAGCCACAGCGAGUGAACUGGGUGAAAGUCGACGACGACGUUCCGUCCCACGCCGUCAUCACUGGGGCUGACCUGUACAUCGAAAACCUCAACAAAUCCUACAACGGAACGUAUCGCUGCGUGGCGGCCAACUCUUUGGGGGAGUCUUAUGACGACUAUGUCCUCUACGUAUAUGAUGCUCUCACCACCACCCCCACACCCACCACUGCCACCACCUUCAUCACCUCCUCCUCCCUCCACCCCGAAGCCAGUCAAGACACUGCGCCCAGCACUGAACCUGCAGCUCAUGACUCUCGAGCCGGCGAGGGAGCUCCCAGAACGGUGGACCAUGCCGUGAUCGGGGGAGUCGUUGCUGUGGUGGUCUUCGCCAUGCUCUGUCUACUCAUCGUCUUGGGACGUUACUUUGCGAGGCACAAAGGUACCUACUUCACGCACGAAGCCAAAGGUGCAGACGACGCGGCAGACGCCGACACGGCCAUCAUCAACGCCGAGGGCGGCCACACCAACUCCGACGAAAAGAAGGAGUACUACAUCUAA